AUGCCCAUCACUCAGGACAACGCCCUCAGCAUCCUCCCACUGCUGGAGAAGUGGCACGGGGCUCAGAGCGCGAGAUCACAGCAGGACCACAACCUGAAUCGAGACAAUUCCGGCUGCAAGUCUUUUCUGUCUCUGCAGGAGGAGUCAGACGUGGGUUUUGAGCGCUUCCCUUCCACCAGUCUGCCGGACCUGGUCAGCACCUGCAAUUCCUUGUCCUCCCUAUCUCAUACUGCUCCCUCUCGCUCCCCACAGACUGACUGCAGCCCCAAUUCGCACAACCCCUACCUGUUGACUAACUUGGAGAACCUUGAAGGACAAAGUCAGGGAGAGGCACUCAAAGGAUCCUCAUGCAGCCCCACGCCGAUGAAGCUCGGCAGUCGAUCCCAGGGAGGGAGCAGUCGCCUGGAGUCAGUGGGUGAGGACGAUGAGCUGCUUGUGGAGAACGGUGUGAGCAGCUGUGAAGUGGCGGAGAAGCCUCCACCCGGUCACCGCAAACACUCCUUACCCCAACAGCUGGACACCGCUGGAGUGAGACAGGAGUAUCAGAUCAUUAAGAAAUCAGCCCGCUCCCUGAGUACCAUUCAAGUGGAGUCUCCAUGGCGACUGGCGCAGCCGUCCAUUAUCUCCAGCAUAGUGCUGAUGAAAGGCCAGGGCAAGGGCCUAGGAUUCAGUAUUGUUGGUGGGCAGGACUCGGCUCGCGGUCAGAUGGGGAUUUUUGUCAAAACCAUUUUCCCUCACGGAGCGGCGGCAGCCGACGGACGACUGAAAGAGGGGGAUGAGAUCCUGGAAGUGAACGGGGAGUCUCUCCAAGGACUCACGCACCAACAGGCCAUCCAGACCUUCAAGCAACUGAAAAAAGGUGUGGUGACGCUGACGAUCCGAACCCGCCUGCGUAGUCCCACCCUGACCCCCUGUCCGACCCCCACCCUCCUCAGCCGCUCCAGCUCGCCCAACUCCAACACCAGCGGGGGAACACCCGUCCCCUCGGGGGGUGAGGAGGCUGACGGCCACAAGGGCCCCGGUCCUGGUCCCAAAGACUGCAUCAUCAUGGAGGUCACACUUCAUAAAGAGCCCAGUGUUGGUCUCGGGAUUGGAGUUUGCUGUCUGACCCUGGAGAACGCUGCUCCUGGCAUCUACAUCCAUAGCCUGGCACUGGGAUCUGUGGCCAAGAUGGACAGCAGGCUUAGUCGUGGGGAUCAGAUACUGGAGGUGGACUCGGUCAGUCUCCGUCAUGCCGCUCUCAGCGAGGCCUAUGCCAUCCUCAGUGAAUGUGGCCCUGGACCUGUCAGUCUCAUUAUCAGCAGGCACCCUAACCCCAAGGUAUCGGAACAGGAGAUGGAUCAAAUCAUAGCUCGAUCCACACACCGCGACAAAAUGAGCAAAAACAGACCUUCGUCUCACCCCCAAGGUGUGUCCUGUAAGAGCCCCUACCCAACGCUGAAGGACAGGCAGGGAGACGGCUCCCCUUCUCUCAGCUGGACCAUGAAGAGAUUCCUUGAGCCGGCCAGUAGACAGGGGUCUCUGAGCUCAGAGACAGAGUUGUCUCAGUACUUCUCCCAGGACGUUUCCGGCCACUCCUUCUCCUCCGAGUCCGUGCUGAUGGGCUCCAAUAGCGAUGAGGCGCUCCACCAGCGGAGCUGCAGCACUUCCAUGGAUGACAACUCAUCACGGCCACUUGAAGUGGAGAGUGGCCCCGUGCUCAACGCUUCACAAGACAAGACCCCCGUUCCCCCAAAUCCCCGCAUGGAGGCAGUCUGCCAGCCCGUCGCUGUCUCUAGCCCCGCCUCCGUGCGAAGCCCGCUUCUCCGCCAGCGACGGCUGAUGUGCUUUGAGGACGAGCUCAGCGACGAGGAGGACGACCACGCCAGGAACACCGGGCUCCUCCGCAGGCCAACAAAACCGGACUCUGUUAACUUCAGCGGUGCCCAAGCAUCCGAAAUUCCCAAAUGUGAUUCAGCAGUUGUGAGUGCUACAUCGUCGUUGGAUAUAAAUGGAAACAGUGAAGACGGGGAUUUGCAGAGGUGCGGAAGCCAUGAUGGGAAAGCACCACUCUGUGGUAGUUUCUCACAGUGUGAGGAAGGUAUUGCCAAUAAGUCAGAGUCACCGGCUUCCGAGUCGCCCCUCAUGGCCAUCCGCAAAGCAGGGGGGGCAAGCGGUUUGGGCUCCGGGCCCAGCAAUUUGGCCAUCAAUAGUGAUAACUACACAAAUCCAGAGGAUGGACAGUUGGAGUCGAAGCGCUCGCCCAAGCUCGAGCAUAAAGCAGUGACGCGGGUCAAAAGUAUGAUGAGCAUCGAAGCGCCAAACCUGCCCCAGCAGCAGAAGUCCAAAGCGGAUGAACCCUCUCCAGUCUUGGGCCCGUCCCAGCCCCCUUCCCAAGCCACCCAGUGUGGAAGAAACCCCAAGAUCGCCGGUGGCUCGGUACCCCAUCAGCUCUGCAAAAAGGGAGAUGCCAGUGAGCUUGUGGGUGUCUGCACCGUCGACGCCGUGACGCUGUGGAGAAGCGAGGACGAGUCGUUCGGCCUCGACCUGGAGAUCAUGUCAUCCCCUCUGAAAGUCGUCGUCGUUGGGCUAAAGCCUGGAGGUGCAGCAGAAAGGGAAACAACGGGAAACCUGUGUCCUGGAGAUGAGAUUGUCAAAAUUGGGGAAACGUCGGUGCGCUCCUCUACUUACCAGGAAAUCUGUGAGCUCAUGCACAGCCUUCCCAUUACACUGGCCUUGGAAAUUAAGAGACCGGUUUCAGCUGUAGAUCGACUGUCCAGUUUGAUAAUGUCAUCAGGGAGCAGUGACGGAGCCACUACACUGAACCCACCCAGAUCUGUUCAGGGCACAUCUGAUGAAGGACAAGUAAUAGGUGCAAAUUCGAGAAAUUUCAACCACACAACCCAAACAGACUUUCAAUUACCCAUCACCAAUAUAGAUGAUAUUUUAUCAGAAGUAAGCCUCUGCAGUGUUACAAAUACACACAAUAAAUCCCCCUACAAAACAUUGUCUAAUGAGCCUGUAUCCUGCCAUUCAAGCCAGCAUAGAGUAACCCAGUGUGAGAAAGCUUGCCUUCAGGUUUCAAUACAGUCCGAUCCCCUGGACUGUUUCAUCUCGGAUGCAGGAAAUGAAAAAGGUGCCAUGCCCACUAUGGAGACAAACAGCUCUGCUGUUUUCAAUGGAUCACAUCCCCAAAGGCCUGAUGCUGGUUCUAAAUCUAUGUACCCCAUAGGAGAUGACAGUGAUUCAAACAGUAACUCCUCCACUGACAGCAGAGUAAUGGUCAAUACGAUGGCCGGCAGUGGUGGUAGUUUUCAUGAGCCGUCAGAUGAGGAGGAGGUGGAGUUCUGUUUGUGUGAUGCCAAGCAACCUGCUGCUGGUGAAAUCUCUCAUUUAAGCCAGUCACCGAAUGAGUCCCCAUCUUUUCAGCAUGCCAGCAGUCAAAACACAAACCUUGACCAGACCUCGCAGUGCUCUGCUGAUGUCUUACUGACAAACAAUGAAGACUCUGUUACAACAACCCAACACUUGCAGCUAUCUCAUUUAUUAGGGGUCUCCUCUCCAGUGCAGCCAUGCCAAUCUUCCAACAGUACAAUACCUGGGAAUUCUUUACAGUGCCACACUGAUAGAGCCAUCGAACCCUCUGACAAAGUUAAAGCAUGUGUGACAUCCAGUCCCCAAAGCACUUGCAGCAGCCCCUAUCCACCAGAUACACACAGUGCCACUAAGGGUACUACCACUACAAAUUUGCAUGCAGAUGCCUCGCUGACCUCAGCAUUAUUGAAGCACUUGAAUACACAAACUCCCCAUUUACCUUCAAUGGAGUCAGAGACCGCAGGUUCAAGCAUCGGCCGAUCGGAUACGAGAGUGUCAGCGUCAAUGACGAGCAAAGAAAAAGCCUUGGAGUAUAGAACUAAUUUAAACCCCCAUGCUAUCUCCGUGCUUAAGAAGAACUCUGGACUAAAACUUCUUGAUAGUAUAGACUGUCCCAUGUGGAGUAGUAACUUCAAACUCCAGAUUGAAUCUCAAAUCAGACCAAACACUAAUGCUCCCAAAUUGAAGGGCCUUAGUAUUAAGAGUAAAAACAAACCAAAGGAGGAGCUGACCGGUAGGGAAAGUCCAGUAUCCUUAAACACCAAGGCUUCCUUGAACCAGUCACCAAAAUCCACAUCAACGGCAACCACGUCCAGCUCUUUGAAGACCAAUACCCAAUGCCUUGAUUGGCCCAAAGUAAGUGACAGACUGCAAGCUACAGCUGAGCACGGGCCUUCAGGUAGCACAUCACAAACAGUGCAACUGGCCAAAGAGAUCCAUUUAAGCUCCAAAGCGCCAGCCAAAUCACAGAGCCAAUCCCACACCACUGCCACUCAGAGAACAUUUAUAGAAGUUAGACUGUCUUCCUUUUCUGGUUCUUCACCACCAGUUAUGGCACACAAAGAAACCGUGAAUUCAGAAGAAUCUAAACCCACUCAAAGAGGCACAGAUUCAGGAUUAGCCCCCAUACUGUCUCCUGCCAACUCCACGGUAGAAAAAACAAACGUCACGGUCAGUAACACAGUGUUUAAUUCUCUGGGUUCUGCUAAAGAAACUGAUUCAACCACAAGUAAUGGCUCAAAACCCAGCACUAUUGUAGAGACAAGUGAGACCCUAAAGUCCAGCACGUCCAGACUGUACAUAAAGACGAUGGAAAGGCGAAGCCUCACCAUAGAUACCUCCUUGUCAGCAGGCUACAAUCCUUUCUCUGUCCGACACAAGAUAAAGUCCUUUGAAAACCUGGCUAACUUUGACAAGCCGGUGGCUAAAAGCAGUGACAUUCAGUCUUACGCUCUGGCGUAUAGAGCCUCGCUUAACCAAAGGAUCGCCGGUUACAUGGGCUUGGUCAAUUCUAUCGACUGCCGGGCACGGCAAAGGAGUUUUAGUUCUUAUAUGGAGAAUCUGAUCCCCACCGUGCCCUGCUCACCUCUCGUCAGUAAAUCUCCAUCCAGCAUUACACUGAUCAACCUUGAGCUCCCACGUUCGAGCUACAAUGCAGCUCCCCCGAUGGAAGGCGGUCCCGGGUCUCAUGGUCUCAAAGCUCCAGAUUGGACGGCACCACAGACCCCUCAGGUGCUGUGCAAGAAACACGACAAACUUGCCCGCAGCAGGUUGCGGCAGCUCAGGGCUCUCAGCAUGCCUGAAUUGGAAAAACUAUGCACCGAGGACUUUACCAGAGACCAUGGUACGACCGCGGAUACAACUGAGCCUGGCAGCCAUGCCGCCAUACUCGAGAAAGCUACAGCGACUAAGAGCUUUCCACCUUCUGCAACCCUGACAAAAGCUGAUGUGAACAGGGACAGCGGAGGUGAUGUUGGAUCCACUGAAGAGACUCCUCGGGGAACCCCAGAACCCCACGGACAACAGCCUGGCUGGGCAAUCAGUUUAAAGGAGCUGGCUUCUUCUCCCGUCAGUCAGCGUAAGCUGCAAACCCUGCUCUCCUCCCCGAUGCUUCAGUCGUACGUGUCGGCCCUGCUUCAGGAGGCCGAGGCCCUCUCAGAGGUCAACGGUAAUACUCACCUCGUGGUCCUGAGCAAAGAGGAAGGCUCGGGGCUUGGCUUUAGUGUUGCUGGUGGAGUCGACCUUGAGCAGAAGGCAAUAACUGUCCAUCGGGUCUUCACCAAAGGGACAGCGAGCCUCGAGGGCACAAUCCAGAGAGGGGACUGCAUUUUAUCCAUAAACGGCAGCAGUCUGGGGGGGAAAACCCACGGAGAGGUGGUCUCCUGCCUCCAUCAAGCCAGGCUGUCCAGUCAAUCCUUAGUAGUCAUCUGGAGGGACGAGGACAGUGGAAUGGGCCCCUCUGACACACAUGACUCGGCCGGCCGGCCAAAGAGGACGUGUUCCGCCAGGAAGAAGUCUUCGGGCGUUGGAGCAGUGGUGGAUGUGGGUCCAGACGGUGCUUUAACGGUGGAGCUCCACAAGUCCUCUGCCGGCCUGGGUUUCAGUCUGGAAGGGGGGAAGUCCUCGUCCCACGGAGACAAGCCUCUCAUUGUGAAACGCAUCUUUAAAGGAGGCGCCGCAGAGCUGUCCGGGUUAAUCAAAGUUGCCGAUGAAGUUCUGUCCAUCAACGGCUGUUCUCUGGAGGGCCUCAUGCACCACGAUGCCUGGAAAGUCAUCAAAGCCACUGACGAAGGGCCCAACCACCUCCUCAUCCGCAAGCCGAGGAACCUGACUGUAAUGAACAAGGAAGCAGGAAGCUCCCGAGACGGACCAAUGUGAAACAGCCCUCUGAUACAGGCUGUGGACGAGCUGUAGCUUUUUCCAGCUUUUCUGAUGGACUUCAUUUGACUUUUUGUGUUUUGUCUCGUUACAUGUGUUUGUACGUAGAAAUAGGCCACAUUGGAUGGACCACCAGCUAUUGUGGUGGACAUUGCUGAAUCAUGAUUUACUUCAGAUGGGAGGUGCAGUUUGUUUACAAUAGAUUCACUUUGGAACACUAAAGAAAACUUUUUUUUUAAAAUAAAGUCAGUAUGUGAAACUAUCCAUGGCAGGUUGUGGUUAUACCAUUCAUGCUAACUUGAACAUUUUUGAACUCUCCGCUUCGGAAAUGUAACUGUCUUACAAACGAUUGAAUGUCCUCACCAACAUUUCAAACCUUUAACUCUGUUUCUCUACUUACAAAGACUUGGAGAAUGUGGAUGGAUAGGAUUGCAAAUAUUAACAUUCACAUUGAUAGAUUGAAAAGGAAUGUUUUAUCUAUGUUUCAAUUUCUACUCAAUCCAAGCAAUUUUAUGAGAGAAUGUCAUACAUUGGUUAAACACACCUAACAUGUUAAUCCUCUGGAACUACUUUCUCCACAUGAGGCGUUUAACUCUAUCAUCACAUCAUUAUAUUUCUAAUAAACAGCAGGUUGAACACAAUAUCAGCCAUGUUACAGCAGACCACCACACAGCUUCUAAAAUGGUUAUAAUGACAGUGUGCAAGUGUAAGAAAUGACCACCAG